AUGGCCGGGGCUCAAAGACAAAGCGAAACGGUUGAGACGAUGAGAGCUGUUGUCUUUCGUCACAGAAAUGAUCCCUUACUGCAGACCAGAGAGGGUCGAACUCUACAGCUUGUUUUGUCCGAUACCUGGCUAGCCGAAUCCACCGACGUGAACAAGUGGUAUCCAUCAUUGGAAUACUACUGGUGCUGUGCUGGCAUGGCGUACGCGAAGACGGAAGAAAUGUUGGACCGGAUUGCCUACUCGGAAGACCCUUUUGCUCCGUCAGAUGUAGGCUUUUGCCAUUCCGUAUGUCUAGACUACACGUGCAGCCGCGGAUCCGGUGCUGCAGCCAUGGCUCAGGCUCAACGCCUCGCGAUUCGAGAACACUAUGUCAUCAAAGGCAGCGAAAAACUAGACCGUCAUGCCGCAGGUUCCGAAAGAACGAGGACCAUCAAUAUAAAUCACCAGGAAGUUACUAUGCGAGAGAAGCUCUGCAGAGAGCUCGACAAGCAUCCUUUCCCGAAACCGCCCAUGGGGUCACCCCGCCGGUUCAAGCCUGUGAUGACCCCCUACAUACCACCGCCUCAAAUGGAGAUGCCCGGGAUGAGGAGCCUGCCUGUCAUCUCUGAGUCGCCGGAAACGUCGAUACCUCGUGUAAUUCGGCGGAAUCCGCUCAACAGCCCACCUGUACGACACCGGACUCCUUCCGUGAUCAGCAUUGUCGAAGAACUUCUCGAGGACCCCAAAGAAAACAACUGCCUACGCGAGAAUCGCCAAGAUACUCCUGCAAGAUCGCCGGAUGUUCUGAGAAGCCCUGUGUUGGGAUCACAAGAUCCUAAUGUUGUGGUUGACAAGCCAUCUGCAUCUCACCGACUCGCCCGUGAUCCAAUAGCUCCGGCUGGACUUAACCCCCUGUUCCACAGCGUCCACGACGAUCCCGUCCUUGGCACGGCCCAGGAAGUGCGCCUGCACACUAUUCACGAAGACCCUGUUACCCAGGUGGCUCGCCAGCCAGAAGCUCACAGGAUCAAUCAAGAUCCAAAGGCCAAGGUCGCAGCCGCUGCUUCACCUCACAGCGUGCAUGAAGAUCCUGCUGUCAAAGUCGCAGCCGCCGCUCCACCUCACAGCGUCCAUGAAGAUCCUGCUGUCAAAGUAGCUGAUUACGGCUACGACCAUCGGCUCAGUCAUGAUCCAGUGGUCGCUUCCGAACCCCCAACGAAGCCUCACACCGUUCACGAUGAUGAGACUGUGGCGAUGCCUAGAGCGUAUCAGCCGGCACCGCACCGCCUGAGCAGCGACCUUCAGGUCAUCGGAAGGGGGCCAACAGUGCCUCACAGUGUCCAUGAUGAUCCAACCGUGAAGGUGUCCCAGGGCGACCCGAGGAACCAUACCAUGCCAAAUGACUCUGAUGUCAGGAAAGGCAACGAGAACUCGCCCAUGCCUUAA